AUGUCGACGCUUCUGUCUGAGGAGGACUUGAACGAUUUUAUCAGCCCUGAGCUUGCAUGCACUAAGACGACAGAGGUGACGCACGAGCCCUCUGGGGUGGACCCUAAUGGGGAGUACGUCGUUGAGAAGGAGAGCGAGGCCGUUUCUAAAGUGAGUAUCACUCUGUCCGAUUGUUUGGCGUGUUCUGGGUGCAUCACAUCGAGCGAGGAGAUCAUGUUGCAGAGGCAGAGUCACGACGUGUUCCUGAAGAGGGACACCUCGCGCCCACUCGCGGUGAGCAUUGCACCGCAGUGCAGGGUCUCACUGGCGACGCACUACGGGAUGACAGUUCAGGAGUUUGACCUGUGCCUCAUCAAUGUAUUCCAGCAGCGGUUCGGUGCUCAGUACGUGGUCGGGAUCGAGUACGGCCGGAUAAUCUCUUUACACCGGACCAUCGAAGCGGUACGGCAAUGGAAGGCACAACAGGAGGGGGCAGCCCCCUGCCUAUCCGCUAUUGACCCUGGUUUCACGAUAUACACUGAGAAGACAAAGAACGAGCUUGUACCUCUGCUUGUGAACGUGAAAUCGCCGCAGCAAACGACGGGACAUCUCUUGAAAGCCGCCACGGGGCCUGAACUGUACCAUUUAACGAUCCAGGCUGUGUUUGACAAAAAACUGGAAGCAUCACGCACGGAAUGUGAGGCCGAGGUAGACUGUGUGAUCACACCACGCGAACUUCUAAGUCUGUUUGCUGAGACGGACACAGACUUCGUGCAAUUCCGCACGCAAGAGACGUCACUGUACACUGCUGCAUGCCCGCCCACACUCUCUGCGGAGAUCAGUUGGAGUUCCAACGAGGGGAACAGUUCCGGAGGGUACGCGUACCAGUACAUACGAGCGCAACAGCAGCUAUACCCGGGCUCAUGUAUUUUGGAACUCCCGGGCCGUAACAAGUACAUCCGCGAAUUCCGAUUGGUCACAGACCCACACGCUGGUGGGGCCACGCUGGCCUCUGCUACUGAGCUUUCAGGUUUCCGUAACAUCCAGAACAUGGUGCGGCAUCUUUCGCAGCGUGCCCACCCGCAUCCGCAGAGAAGAGUUCAAUCGCUACGUAAGCGGCGUGUGAAUGCAAUCACCACCUCGCCUAGCAGCAGCAGCAGCAGCUUUGCCAGGCCCUACGAGACAGACUUCAUCGAGGUGAACGCCUCUCCAGGCGGUGCUAUCAACGGUGGUGGACUAGUGAACGAUGCGCAAAGCCGCCGGCAACGUGAGGAACUCACUGCGCAGUUUGAGCGGCGCUACCAUGCGGAGCUUUCCAGCGUGGACCCAUUGGACUCGCGGCUCGCUGUACCCGCUACCCCUCCGCUGCACUACGAGUUCUUGCAACUGGACCCGCAGCAGCAGCAGCAGCAACGAGACCUUGUUACCGUUGGGAAUACGUGGUGA